UCUCUGUCCCUCCAGAGCUCCCACAGCAACAUGUCUGUAAGGAGGAGGAGGUUCUGGCUGACCAGCAGCUCUGGAUUCAGGAGAGGAUCCCCGGUCUGGACCAGGAGGACCCACAGCCUCCACAGGUUAAAGAGGAACAGGAGGAACUCUGUACCAGUCAGGAGGGAGAGCAGCUUGUAGUGAAGCAGGAGACUGACACCUUUAUGUUGACUCCUACUUAUGAGGAAAGUGACCACAGUGAAGCAGAACUGAAAAGUGACCACCAGCUCCUCUCUCACAACUGUCAUGUAGCUGAGAGCCAAGAUCAGAAAGGAGGCGAGCAUGAAGACUCAGGAUCAACUAGAGAUGCAGAGCCAAAACAAAAGAAUCAAGAUCACAACAGCAGAAGCCCCAGAAACAAUGUACACAAGUCUACCAUGUCAGAGGUUCACCAUGAUCCUCACACAGAGCUCCCACAGCAACAUGUCUGUAAGGAGGAGGAGGUUCUGGCUGACCAGCAGCUCUGGAUUCAGGAGAGGAUCCCCGGGCUGGACCAGGAGGACCCACAGCCUCCACAGGUUAAAGAGGAACAGGAGGAACUCUGUACCAGUCAGGAGGGAGAGCAGCUUGUAGUGAAGCAGGAGACUGACACCUUUAUGUUGACUCCUACUUAUGAGGAAAGUGACCACAGUGAAGCAGAACUGAAAAGUGACCACCAGCUCCUCUCUCACAACUGUCAUGUAGCUGAGAGCCAAGAUCAGAAAGGAGGCGAGCAUGAAGACUCAGGAUCAACUAGAGAUGCAGAGCCCAAACAAAAGAAUCAAGAUCACAACAGCAGAAGCCCCAGAAACAAUGUACACAAGUCUACCAUGUCAGAGGUUCACCAUGAUCCUCACACAGAGCUCCCACAGCAACAUGUCUGUAAGGAGGAGGAGGUUCUGGCUGACCAGCAGCUCUGGAUUCAGGAGAGGAUCCCCGGUCUGGACCAGGAGGACCCACAGCCUCCACAGGUUAAAGAGGAACAGGAGGAACUCUGUACCAGUCAGGAGGGAGAGCAGCUUGUAGUGAAGCAGGAGACUGACACCUUUAUGUUGACUCCUACUUAUGAGGAAAGUGACCACAGUGAAGCAGAACUGAAAAGUGACCACCAGCUCCUCUCUCACAACUGUCAUGUAGCUGAGAGCCAAGAUCAGAAAGGAGGCGAGCAUGAAGACUCAGGAUCAACUAGAGAUGCAGAGCCAAAACAAAAGAAUCAAGAUCACAACAGCAGAAGCCCCAGAAACAAUGUACACAAGUCUACCAUGUCAGAGGUUCACCAUGAUCCUCACACAGUUAAAAAGUGUUUCACAUGUGACACAUGUGGAAAAGGUUUUCAGUACAUGUCAGAUUUUCUGAGACACUUGAGAAUUCACACAGGCGAGAAGCCGUAUUUUUGCAAGAACUGCGGGAAAAGAUUCCGUGACUGUUCAACAUUUAAACAACAUACGAGAACCCACACAGGUGAGAAGCCAUAUUCUUGUAAAACAUGUGGGAAAUCUUUUAGCCGGAGCGGUAACUUGAAACUCCACAUCAGAACCCACACAGGUGAAAAGCCAUAUUCUUGUGGAACAUGUGGGAAAGACUUCAGAACCAGCGAUCACUUGCAACUCCAUAUAAGAAUCCACACAGUCAAACAGGAGAACCCAUUCCUCCCUCCUACAUCGGGUUACGAUUCAACAUGAGACACAAACUCCACA